CCGUGUCCCGCCGGCUGCGGGAUGGCCGUCUGCUGCCCCACACCUGAUGGUAACGGAUUUGGCAACAGAGCUGCUCAGUGCGCCAACGCCGAGCCAGCUGCGCUUCAUGCGGCGCGCGUGCGCCGUGAUGGACGCGAACGCGUUCGAGGUGAGCGCGGGCGUGCGCGGCCUGUACCCGCUGUCGGCCAUGAUGAACAACGAGUGCUCGCCCAACACGACGCACGGCUUCGACGAGAGCCGCGCCAUGGUGGUGCGCGCCGCUGUCGACAUUCCGGAGGGCCGCGAGCUGACCAACUCGUACACGCCGCUGCUGUGGGGCACGCCGGCCCGACAGAGGCACCUGCAGCUCACCAAGCACUUCCUCUGUCGCUGCGAGCGCUGCACGGACCCCCAGGAGUUCGGGUCUCUGCUGGCUGCGCUGCGCUGCGGGAGCGGUGGCUGCCCAGGCGCCGUGGUCAGCGAGGACCCCCUGGACGAGUCGUCCCCGUGGCGCUGUGGCGCUUGCGGCCGGCAGUUGGGUGCGGCCAAGGCGCGCGCCACGUUGGCAGCCCUGGGGGCGGUGCUGGCCAGGGUGGACACGGGCAGCCCCGAGGCGGUGGCCGCGCGCCUCCGCUGCCCAGCGCUGGCCCAGCUGCUGCACCCCUCCAACCAGGUCGCCGUCGAGCUCAAGAGCUGCCUUGUCUGGCACUACGGACACUCCGCCGGCUACACCUGGCGAGAGCUGUCGGACGACGACCUGAGCUGGAAGGAGGCAGCGUGCGGCGAACUGCUGGCGCUGUUACGGCAGCUGCGCGCGGGCCGCACCAGGCUCACAGGUCUGCUGAUGCUAGAGCUGAGCUGCACCCUGGAAGAGAAGCUGAGGAGACAACAGGGGGAGGCUGAUGCCGCAUUACACGCCCAGAUGGAGAGCUACCUGCGGGACGCGGCCUCUGUUUUCGCAGGUGACGUCACAGCGCCGCCCGAGCUGUGGCACCGCGUAGCGGCCAUCGGUCGGAAGCUGCCUGCCAAUGAGUGGAGCAGCUGCCCGCUAGAGGCGCCACCAGACGGACAGGCAGCCGUGAUGUCCAACUGCUGUGCCUAGCCAUAACACCGGUGUUGCUCACAGAAGCAGCUGCGACAGGCUACUGCGUAUUAACUGAUAAAAAAAAAAAUCUUGCAAAGUUCCAAGUGUUUAGGAGCUGAUGUUUCAGAAACACGGCGGACUGCAGACCCCUGUCCGCACUGUGGCUUAAGGCUGUAAGGAAUAAGGGCCACACUUCUUUCACUAGAAAUUCUUAACGUGGACCAAGAUACUUCUGUAUAAAUACGGAUGAUCUAAUCAUCCACAUGGAGCAGCGACUUCAUACAUGGGGGCAGAAUGAAUAACACUGAAUUCGAUCAACAGCUAAGAACACAGUGUUU